UAGUAUUUAUAAUGGUGAACUAUACGAUAGUCGAAAUGAUCGUCCUAACUGGGCUCGAGCAGGAUUUAAUGAUUCUUUAUCAGCUUGGAUUAUGCCUGAAUCAAUGCCAUCACCACUUAACAGUUCGCGCAAUGGUUCGCUUGUUGUCCAGGACAUGUUACCAGUUCGAGCUGGAUCUGAUGCAUUACAUUUUGAAGUUAUGACAGAUAAUCAACAACAAGGUUACUUGAAUCCUAAAGAUAUAGAUGAAAUCAAAGGUGCUAAAUUAACCGAUGGUGGAAUACUCAAACCUGUAGAUAUGUGGACAUCGGAUUCAGGUGUUGGCACAUUUGAUCUAGGUCAAAAUAUAGCAGGUUGGUGUCGAUUGAGAUUUCGUGGUCCACGUGGUUUUGGCGUCUCCAUUCGUUAUGGUGAAGCAUUAACCCAACCAGUUGUAUCUACUAAUUUCACUGUUCAUGGUUUUCGUUAUCUGUCUAUUUUUGCUCCACCGAAUGAGUUGACACCCGAUGACGUCGAAUGUCCAUUUGUACAUAGUGAAACAACGUUGAAAGGUCAUUUUGCUACGAGCAAUCAAAUCGUCAAUCAAAUUCAACAUAAUAUCCUUUGGACUCAGUUGAGUAAUCUCAUGUCUCUUUCCUCUUCACUCUUUUGUAGUGCACAACGUGAUGAACGUCGAGGAUGGAUGGGUGAUGCAGCAUUAACAGUUAAUGAAGCAUUGUACAAUUUCGAUUUAAUUAAAUUCUAUCAUAACUAUCUCAAUAUGAUCGUUGAUGAUCAACUAGCUAAUGGUGAAUUACCCGAUUUUUUGCCGGUUGGUAAUAAUCCAUCUAAAUCAAAUUGGGGUAGCAAUUAUCCAGCUGAUCCAAAUUGGGGUUCCGCAUUGCCAACAAUAACUUGGCAGGUUUAUCGACACUAUAGUGAUGUUCAAACACUGAAAGAUCAUUAUGAUCAUAUUGUUGCAUAUGUGAAAUAUCUUCAAGGUAUUUACAAUACAACAGGUCUUGCUAAUUUUACUGUCCGAUUUGGUGAUUGGGUUCCACCACCACCAGAGCCUAUGACAAAUGGAAGUUUAAUUGGAUCAUUUGGUUUUCUUCAUGAUGUCAACCUUUUAAUUAAUAUGUCUGAAGUACUUGGUAAAAAAGAAGAUACUGAUACUUAUUCAGCAUUAUAUCAAAAACUUGCUGGGGAAUUUCAUCAAGUUUUUUAUAAUACUUCGUGGAACUUUUAUGCGGAUGGAAUGCAAGCAGCACAGGUGUUAGCUUUAGCAUUACCCGAUGUUGUACCGGCAAAUGUUCGAGGUGCCGUUAUCAAUCAACUCGUUGCUGAUAUCAACCAAAAAGGCAAUCAUGUGACAACAGGUAUCGUGUCGACAGCUCAGAUUUACCCAAUCCUUUCUGACAAUGGACAUCAUGAUUUGGCACUUGAAUUGAUAUCAUCAACAACUUAUCCAUCCUAUGGUUAUAUGUUCAACAAUCCUUACGAAAAUGCUACUACUACAUGGGAACUAUGGAAUACACCGCUGACAGGACCUUCUAUGAACUCUCGUAAUCAAGCUAUGUAUAGUAGUGUUGGUGCAUGGUUUUAUUCCCAUUUAGCUGGUAUUGAUCUUUCAUCAAACAUGAUUACUAUUCGACCUCGAAUGACUUCUGAGACCAAAAAACAUCUUAUGCCAAAAUUAGACUGCCAAUUGAGCACAUUAUAUGGUCUCGUUCAUGUUUCCUAUACGCGAGAUGAACGUGAUACUGUUUCCAAUUCAAUUUUACUUCGUGUUACUAUACCACCAAAUGCACAAGCUCGUGUUAUGUUUGAACCAUUAUUUGUUGGUGGACAAUGUAAAGUAUUGAUUGAAGGUAAUAAAGUUAUUUGGUCAUCGGAUGUCGAUACUAUGAAUGAUCAAAGAUUUGGUAUUGAAAAGGAUUCAGCAACGCGUUUGAUGACAGUACAUGUAGGCUCAGGUCAUUAUGAAUUUCAAGCAUUAUGGCAAUGA